AACAGACACGCAGGACAGUCGUCUGGUAGAUCCAAGAUAUUUCUUCCAACAACAUGGACGAGUCAAACAAGAGAAUUGUCAUCUUAGGAAAACCUGGAAUUGGGAAAAGCAGCCUGGCUAACACCAUAUUUGGAGAGAAACGGUUCAGGACCUACAGCGCUCUUGACUCUGAAACAAAUAAAUGUCAAAGAGAAACCAAAUCUGUCAACGGAAGAAGAAUCACUCUGAUCGACACUCCUGGUUACUUUGACACAGACAGACCUGAGGAGGAGCUGAAGGCUGAGAUAGUGAGGUGUAUCACAGAGUGCUCUCCUGGGCCUCAUGCUUUUCUCAUUGUGCUUAAAGUGGAGAAAUUCACAGAGCAAGAACAGGAUGUCAUCACAAAAAUAAAGCAACUCUUUUCUGAAGAAGUCUACAAAUAUGCAACAGUUCUCUUCACUCAUGGUGACCAGCUCAGUGAUGGACAGACAAUUAUGGAGUUUGUCCACCAGAAUCAGCUUUUGAGUGAUGUGGUGAAGAAGUGUGGAGGCCGCUGCCACGUAGUCGAUAAUAAAUACUGGAAGAACGACCAGCAGGAUGAAUACAGAAGCAACAAGUUCCAGAUGGAGGAGCUCCUCAAGACAAUAGAUGAGAUAACUGAGGCAAACAGAGGAGGCUGCUACACCAAUGAGAUGCUACAAGCAGCAGAGGAAAUGAUCCAACAAGAGGAGGAGCGCAUUAGAAAAAAGUCAUCACCAAACAUGUCAGAGGAAGAGAUCAGAGAGCAGGCUAAAGUCAGCACAUUCAAGAAGCUUUGGAUCAAACUGGCAGGUAUUGCAACAGGUGCAUUAUUAGGAGCUUUACUUGGUAUGGGAGUUGCUGUUGUGGUCAUGGUUUUAAGGCGUGGAGCAGUACCAACACUAAAAGCAGCAGCAGCAGGAGGAGCAGCAGUGGGAGCGGUGAUGGGAAGUGUUACAGGAUAUCAAGCAGCUGAGAAUGCUGAUAUUAAUGAUGGACUUUAUUUUCUUUCAGUGUCUGACACAAAGAGGAUUGUCAUCUUGGGAAAAACUGGAGCUGGGAAAAGCAGCGUGGCUAACACCAUAUUUGGAGAAGAACUGUUCAAGAUCGGCGACAGUGCCAAAUCUGAAACAAGAGAAUGUCAAGCAGGAAACAAAUCUGUCAAUGGAAGAAGAAUCACUUUGAUUGACACUCCUGGUUUCUUUGACACAGACAGACCUGAGGAGGAGCUGAAGGCUGAGAUAGUGAAGUGUAUCACAGAGUGCUCUCCUGGGCCUCAUGCUUUUCUCAUUGUGCUUAAAGUGGAGAGAUUCACAAAGCAAGAACAGGCUGUUAUCGACAAAAUAAAGGCAUACUUUUCAGAAGAAGUCUUCAAAUACGCAACACUUCUCUUCACUCAUGGUGACGAGCUCCGUGAAGGACAGAAAAUUAUGGAGUUUGUCCGAGAGAAUAACUCAUUGAGUGAUCUUGUUGAGAAGUGUGGAGGACGCUGUCAUGUCAUUGAUAAUAAAUACUGGAAGAACGACCAGCAGGAUGAAUACAGAAGCAACAAGUUCCAGGUGGAGGAGCUCCUCAAGACAAUAGACGAGAUAACUGAGGCAAACAGAGGAGGCUACUACACCAAUGAGAUGCUACAAGCAGCAGAGGAAAUGAUCCAACAAGAGGAGGAGUGCAUUAGAAAGUCAUCACCAAAAAUGUCAAAGGAAGAGAUCAGAAAGAAGGCUAAAGUACGCACAGCCAAGACGAUUUUGAUCAGACUGGCAGGUUUUGCAACAGGUGCAGUGCUAGGAGCUUUGUUUGGUUUGUUAGGAAAUGGAUGUAAAGGAGCAGGAGCAGUAGCAGCAGCUAUAAUAGGAGCGGUAUCAGGAGGUAUUUCAGGAUAUUUUGCAACUGAGGGAGCAGGCACACCACUGGAAGCAGCAGAGAAUGCAGCAAAGGCUGCAAAGUACAAAUCUCCAUCUACCAGAGGUGAAGAAAAGUAUGCCUUGGACAGAUUAAAUAGAUUUAAGCCAAAACAGAGUUAA